AUCGUUGUUUUCUAUCGAAAUUACAUCAUCUUUUGAGCGCGGCAAACCGAUCAUAUAAAAACGAAACAGCGUGGACGCAUCAACAUUCUGUUUCAGUGCUCUGUCGUGUUCACUUUUACUGAAUUUUUACCUGCCCUUUUGGUAUUUUACCGUUGUGGUGUUUGAGAUUUACUCAAGUUUUUUAUUACGAAGAUCGAAGAUACGAAAAUGUCGACUAUUAUUGACUAUUCCUACUUCAUUAACUCGAAAUCGGCUAGAAGAAGACCGGCUUUGACAAGAGAAAUAACUAAACGGCAAUAUGGUGGCCCCAAGGAACAAAUAUCACUCGCCGAAGGAGUUCCAAAUGAAAUCACUUUUCCGUUUGAGUCUAUUACUGUAAACCUAAAAGAUGGAUCGAAGUUUGACAUUGUCGGCCAAGAAUUAGCUUCCGCUCUGCAAUACAUUCCAACCCAAGGCUAUCCAGCGUUGGUGAAAUCGGUCAAGACCUUUACUCAAGAUGUACAUAACCCUCCUGGUUGGCAAAAAUAUGAAACUCUGAUAACUAACGGAUCCCAAGAUGGAAUGAGUCGUGUUCUGGAGAUGGUUUUGGAGGAAAAUGAUAGUAUGCUGGUGCAAAAUCCUUAUUAUGCUGGAACGGAGGCCAUCAUUAAACCUCUGAAUGUUAACGUUAUUGGAAUUGACGAAGAUGAAUUUGGAAUCGUUCCGCAAAAACUCAUCGAUGCCUUGGAAAACUGCAAAAAGUACACAGAAGAAGGGGGAGGGAAAAUGCCAAAAAUUAUCUAUUUAAACCCAACAGCAUCAAACCCAUCUGGAAGAACAAUACCGACGGAAAGAAAAAAAGAAAUAUACCGAAUUUGCUGUAAAUACAACAUUCUUAUUCUCGAAGACGAUGCUUACUACUUCUUACAUUUCCUGGAUGAGCAACCUGUCUCAUUUUUAAGCCUUGAUACUGAAGGAAGAGUUAUCCGACUAGAUUCCAUGUCAAAAGUCCUUAGCUCCGGACUCAGACUGGGUUGGGUCACUGGACCAAAGAGGUUGAUCCAAAAUAUAGAGAUACACAUUUCAAGCUGCAUCCUUCACUCCAGUGUGCUUUCACAGGUCAUUCUUCAAAACCUGUUUGAAAAAUGGGGCAACAGUGGUCUUCUUGCUUACUUUUCAAGAGUUGCUUCAUUCUACAGAGUAAGGCGUGACUACACUGUCUCAUGCAUGGAGAAACAUCUCAAAGGACUCUGCGAAUGGGAACUACCAUCAGGCGGCAUGUUCAUCUGGUUCAAGGUACUUGGUGUAUCUGAUGUCUACGAUAUGUUGUUAACCAGAGGCCUAAAGAAACACAUCACCUUCAUUCCCGGACAAAACUACAUGGCGGAUCCUACAGCAGCCUGCAGCUACGUCAGAGCUUCAUACAGUAAAGUUGGUUUGAAGCAAAUCGACAAGGCCAUGCAGAUUUUGGCUGAGUUGAUAAGGGAGGAACACUUGUUGUUGCGCAGGAAAUUGGAUAGUUUAGAUGACGAAAUGAUAAUAAGAUAGGUUUUGUAAGAACGUAGCGCAGAAAUGAAAAAACGAAAAUUUGAUGGAACGGUAUUCCUUCAAAUUUGCUUACUGGAAGCUCAAACCAAGUUUCUAGUGCUGAUCUGUUGACAUCUUAUCCAUUAAAGAGGGAAGCUUAUUAUUCUGACCAUAACCGAUAUGGUUUGUAUAUACAGUUAUAUUGAAUUUAACUAAAAAUUACUCAGAAUUCAAGUAUUAUGUAGUACAUUGCCGAACUUGAAGAGUUAUGGCGAAAUAUUGUACUGCACUACAUUACUUAUAGAGAGUUAAAGUAGGGUAAAUAUGUAAACUGUCUUGGACUCUAUGAGUCUCAAAAUUUUGAAAUUACGUAUAUCUUUAUUAAAUGUGAGUAAAUCUUAAAUUACGUGAAACUGUUAGACAUUUUACACGAUAAAUAAGUGAAUAAAUGUUUUUAUAUGUUUUAUUUUAAACAUGUGUAAAAAUUAAUUUCGAUACCUUUGUUGACAAUAAAUAAAACAGAAAAAUGAUCAAUAAGAACCAAAUUCUUAGUCAACUUACCUUUAAUUGAGAGGCAAAAACAGAUAAAAUGGUAUACUUAAUGGUGAAAAUAAAUCAGAUAGUAAAGCUUUUAAGGAGAUAAUAACAAGCAAAGUAUCUCAAAAAAGAUAUGUUCGAUGCAAAGCAUCUAAGUUCUCUUUUGGCAGCGACUUAUGACAUACCGAUGUCCAGUGCUAGAAGAUCGAUGAUGAAAUAUGCUUGUACCACUGGUGUAAACUUGUUUUAAGUACUCUUUCUUCCUAGUUGGUCGUUCGAUCCGGAAAUAGUGCCGCCAUGAAUUUUCAAUGAUUUCUCUUAAACUGCCCCCAUCUUUUUCUCCAUCCUCUGGAACUCUGAAGCAAAGGUUUAGCGGAGCUCGACCUCUUUUGUAAUAUGGUCCACCUACCUUGUUGGUGAUCAACCCGGGGCUCUCGCUCCUUGCACCAUUCCCUGCAAUGCCAGCUUGACAGCCACCACAUGACCAGAGGAAGCCGAGGUCUUUUAGGUCACAAUGUUUCGAAGCCUACGUGUCAUGUGCAGCUGACUAAGAAUAUACUCGUUGAUUCUUCUUGCGGUCCAGGAUAUUGGCAACAUUCUUUGACAGCAAAACAGUUCAAAUGCGUCUAUAGUGCGUUUAUCAACUUCCUCAAAAGACCAGCAUUCAGAUUCAUAUAGAAACAUCGAGAACACCAUUGUGUUUGCAAGCCUUAUUUCUGUAUCCAUGGUGAUGUGGUUUUUCCAUCUUUUGGUGAGUUUUGUCAUUGCUCCCUUAGCCAUACCUGACCUUCUUUUUAUUUCUUUGGUUCUUUUAUUUAUCCUCCGAAAUUAGAUAUGAGGGUGCCCAGACACACAACUUAAUUUACCACUGUGAUGUCAUUGAUUUUGACAAGGUCUGCCUGGUUGUAAUUUGUAAUUUCUUCUAUUUAUGAUCAUAACCUUUGUUUUUGAUUUAUUUAUGGACAGCCCCUGCUUACAGACUCGCUCGAUCUAACAGCUCCGUCAAUUCUUUCAAAGAUUCGGCGAAAAGCGUUGUGCCUUUUAUCUGUGUACCUACUUUAAGUAGAUACUUACGAUUAAGCAAUACGUAGUUAUUAGAAUACCUAAAUGUUUACAUUUAUAUUUUUGAUCUAACUUUAACCCUCUAAUCUACAGAAACCUAAAAUGAAACAGUUGAAUUGUUUUACAAAUGAAAAAUAUCUAUUUUAACUAUAGUAGGGACAUAAAAAUGCUGUUAACCGAUUUCAAAUGGGGUAAAUUUAGUAAAUCUUAGCCUUUGUGUAUUUAAAACUUACACUAGAGAUAUAUGUUAACUGCGCUACCCUUGAUGGGAUCAAAAGAUAUAUGUUUGUAUAUAUUAUACCUAUUAGAUAAUUAAGUACCUACUCUGUAUUGAUUCAUCAAAAGUAAUAAGUUAGAAUAUCGUUUAAGGUGUAGGGUUGAAAGUACAACAUUAUUUUACUAUUUUAUAGAAAUCGAUGAUCGAUGUACUUGCAUUGUAUUAAUGUCUGGGUUAAAAUAAAUAAAUAAAAAAAUUAGAAUAUUUUAA